AUGGUACUCGUUGAUGUGUAUCUCGUUACCGAUCGAAGGUUUUCAACUGCGUCAACAGGAUCGCUUUAUGUAACUUUGUUUGAUGAAGAGAAAGUUGUGCUGAAAAAGACAGAACUGUCGAAUGAAAUUCUCCGGAAGAAGAUUUCCAAGGUGACGCUUCCAUUGGAUAAUCAAGCGGAAGUCAAGACUGUCAAGAUUGAAGCUACUGCUAGCAUAUCCCUUCGGAUAUUCGAAGUGCAGACCGCAGUGAAUGACUUGCCACCUACGAUAUUUUCACCUCCUACACCUGGAUCGAUUUCAUUCGUGGGUAAUGAAGCCGCAGUAAAUUCUGGGAUCGUGUCACUGGAUUUUGUUCCUGCGACUAAGGUUUUAAAUGGUCAGUAG